AAAACCUCAGAGAGUGCGGAAGACGAGCAUCAGUGAAGCUGGUUUCAUGAUGAAGAUCCUUCUCGUCACCACCCUCUGUCUGAUUUCAGGUGCAGUGGACUGCUUUCAUGUUACUGGCCACUCAGGAUGAAGUGUCGUUGUGUUUUUGAGUUAUACGAGCCCAAUAUAUAUUUGCAAGUUGGCAGAAUAUGACCAAUGCAAAUAUAAAAUAGAUUUUGACACCCAAAAUGACACUGUUUAUGAGAGGAAGUUAUCACUGUAUAAAAACAGGAAAGGAUACUUCACACUGUUGAUCAGAGAGCUGAAUCUACAGGAUGCUGGACAGUACCGAUUUAGAUAUUCAUACUGGUUGGAUAAGGAUAUGAACUUGGAAGUUCUUACUGAUACUUGUUGUGUGAAAUCAUGGACAAUGACUGGCUUUCUGAAAGAGUCAGUAUCCAUCUACUGUGGCUACCCAGAGGAGUAUAAAACCAAAUGGAAAUAUUUGUAUAAACUAAAAGGCCACUCAACUGAUGAGGUGAUUUAUGUUCAUGCUGGACAGUCAUAUGAAAAUAAUUCAUUCUCCAUUUAUGAUGACACACACUCAAAUGUGUUCAUUGUGAGCAUCCAUAAUUUGGCUGAGGUAGAUGGAGGAGUUUAUUUAUGUGGAGUGUACAUCCACAUCAGCUACAUCUCCACACUCACAACUGUCCAGCUACAUGUAACAGAUAAAGUGGGGUCAGCCAGAGUCACAGUCUGCCCAGGAGAUCGUGCCAUUAUAAGAUGCAAACAGUCUACAGAUAGAUCCAAAUCCAAGUUCAUCUGUAAGGAAUCCCAUGGGGAAUGUGCAGAGAAAAUGUUCACUAAGGUUCCAGAUGAAUGGCAUAAAAACAGGGUUUUUUCUCUGUACGACGACACCAGUGGAGGAUCCUUGAUGGUUUUCAUCAAAGACCCGUCAGAGAAGAAUUACAGGUGUGGAGUGGAUGAGUCUCAGUUUAAUGAUCAGUACACAGAAGUAAAAAUAGAGGUAAAAGGAGAUUUCUUGUUGGGGGAAGAUUACCUCAGAUGCUGGUUAUAUCGGUGAGACUGUCAGCAUAACCUGUGAGUUUCCGUCAGCAUAUGGAGCAACACCAAAUCAUGUGUGCAAAGAGGACGAGGAUCACAUCUGCCGAGAUAUCAGUGCAUCCACAGCUGCAGGGAAACACUCCUUAUCCGACCACAGCCAAGCAGGAGUCUUCAAAGUUGACAUCAGGAAUCUGAGCCUCA